UGUUCAGAAUGAAGCCCGCAAACAUUGUAGGGAAUUUCAACAAUUUCUCCAAAGCAAAUGCCACGCGGCGCUCUGGCAAAAGUUAGGUGGCGUCAUCGUCAAAGCGUAAAUCUAAGCGAAUAACGGUGGCCUCAUCCCUUAAAUCUACCGUCAAUCAAGCGCUAACUCGCAUCGAUACUGUAAACCGCGUCGUACCAGACCCUGUUCUUCAUUAGAGGGCUUGCGAUUGAGUUCUGCAGCAUCAAAAGCGAAGGAAGGCCAGACGGAGUAACCAUGAAGAUAGCCAUGGCUUCUUCUAUGUUGAUUAUGUUCUUAAUUUUGUUAUUGCAAUUCAAAGAUGUCGUUCAAGGCUUCGAUGUUCGGCAGCACGUCUCUACUGUUACAAGAUACAACGUGGUAAAAGAUGUUACUGAUAAAAACUUUGUACCUUCUGAAAUUCCUGAUGGAUGCACUCCUAUACACUUAAACCUAGUGGCAAGGCAUGGUACUCGUGCUCCCACAAAAAAACGGAUGAGAGAGUUGGAUAGAUUGGCUGAUCAUUUGGAGGUACUUGUGAGGGAGAUUGAAAAGAAUCAUUUGUCUCUAGAGAAACUUCCUGCUUGGUUACGAGGAUGGAAGUCUCCUUGGAGGGGAAAAUUGAAGGGUGGAGAAUUGAUCGGCAAAGGAGAAGAUGAAUUGUAUGAUCUUGGAAUCAGGAUUAGGGAAAGAUUUCCUGAUUUGUUCAACGAUGAUUAUCAUCCAGAUAUCUAUAACCUGAGGGCUACUCAGGUUCCUCGGGCAUCUGCCAGUGCGGUAGCAUUUGGCAUGGGCCUGUUUAGUGAGAGAGGAAGUCUAGGACCUGGGCAUCAUCGAGCAUUUGCUGUUACUAGUGAAAGUCGUGCAAGCGAUAUAAAGUUGAGGUUUUAUGAUUGUUGUGACAACUAUAAGGAUUUUAGGACAAAUCGGGAGCCUGCUGUCGACAAGCUCAAGGAACCAACUUUUGAUGAAAUUACUUCUUCAUUGAGAAAGCGAUAUGAACUGAAUUUCACUAGACAGGAUAUUUCUUCUCUCUGGUUUUUAUGUAAGCAGGAAGCAUCAUUGUUGGAUGUAACCGAUCAAGCUUGUGGUCUUUUCAGUCCUUCUGAGAUUGCUUUGCUGGAGUGGACAGAUGACUUGGAGGUGUUUAUAUUGAAAGGUUAUGGUGAGUCAUUAAACUACCGAAUGGGAGCACCUUUGCUCGGGGAUGUUGUUGAAUCGAUGGAAGAAGCUAUUAAGGCUAAAGAAGAAAAACAUGCUCCGGGAAGUUAUGAAAAGGCGAGACUUAGAUUUGCACAUGCAGAAACAGUUGUUCCAUUCACUUGUUUGCUUGGGCUUUUCCUUGAAAGAUCAGAAUUUCACCAAAUACAACGAGAAGAACCCUUGCAACUCCCUCCAAAACCUCCACAGAGUAGAAAUUGGAGGGGCAGCAUUGUGGCACCUUUUGCUGGGAAUAAUAUGCUGGUUCUGCAUAGUUGUCCUGCUAACCUCUCAAACAAGUACUUUGUUCAAGUACUGCACAAUGAACAUCCCAUUCCAAUGCCUGGCUGUGAUGGUACUGAUUUCUGCCCAUUCGAUGUUUUUAAGGAAAGAAUUGUUUCUCCUCAUAUGAAGCACGACUACGAUACCCUUUGCAAUCCAAAGACAAAACCAGUUCAGAAGAGUGAACCCAGUAAGCCAUCAUCCCUGUUCAGUUGGAUGUCGUCGCUAUGGAACAGUGAUACACGGUCCCAAAAAGUUGAGUUGUAGUUUAGUUUUGAAGUAAAACUAUAGUUAUUCUGACAUGUUUUUCCGUUGGCACUUCAUUAUCAUGAUUUUGGGUCAUGGCCAGCUCCAUCUAGGUUGUAGCAGAGUUCCCCUAUCGAAUGGACAAUCACAUUUUCUCACAAUAAGACUUUGCUGUUCAGUUCCA